AAUGUUAUUUUCACAUUUAUUCAUCCUCAUUUUUGUGUCUUAUCACUUCUUCCUCCUCUCAGUUUCUGUUUCUCAACAUUUGUAUUUUUUUAUCUGCAUUUAUUGUGUUUCGCUCCCACACACAGAUUCACCUGAAAAAGAAGCAGGAUGGCAAGUGUAGACCGACAAACUGUUUUCCGCAUCACGAAGGUCCGAACAACUCUGCGCAAAGAUGGCAGCUGGAUCCGCAAGAGCACCGGCGAGCCGAACGAUCCUCCACCGCGUAAGUCUCCAGUCCUGACUAAUAGCGUCAACGUGACCUCUGUGGAUUCUAGCCCGAUCACCACCUCCAGUAGUCCCACCCCUACAAGCCCCACAGCACUGAGUUCCCACCCUGAGAGCCCCUCCCCUGGCCAGGGCACACCCAUUUCUCCAGGAUGGAGAGGGAGAAGGGGGGGAUUGUAUGUGCUGUCAGCAAAGAGGAGGUUUGAAACUUUGGACUCACCAGAGAGCACACCUGUGAAAAACAUUUCCAGUUUGUUUAAAAGCCCUGAAGGUACAGCUGCAUUACCACAGGGUAAAUCAUCACUAAAACCUGACGAAUUCAACAUUACUAAUGGAGUUACAGCAUCUGAGGCUAAGACACCUGAAGUUACAGCAUCUGAGGCUAAGACACCUGAAGUUGGAGCAUCUGAGGCUAAGACACCUGAAGUUAGAGCAUCUGAGGCUAAGACACCUGGAGUUGGAGCAUCUGAGGCUAAGACACCCGAAGUUGGAGCACCUGUGGUAAAAAUGUCUGAAGUUACAACACCUGGGGCUAAGAUACCUGAAGUUACAGCAUCUGAGGCUAAGACACCUGGAGUUGGAGCAUCUGAGGCUAAGACACCUGAAGUUAGAGCAUCUGAGGCUAAGACACCUGAAGUUACAGCAUCUGAGGCUAAGACACCUGGAGUUGAAGCAUCUGAGGCGAAGACACCUGAAGUUGCAGCACCUGUGGUAAAAACGUCUGAAGUUACAACACCUGAGGCUAAGAUACCUAAAGUUACAGCAUCUGAGGCUAAGACACCUGGAGUUGGAGCAUCUGAGGCUAAGACACCUAAAGUUAGAGCAUCUGAUGCUAAGACACCUGAAGUUACAGCAUCUGAGGCUAAGACACCUGGAGUUGGAGCAUCUGAGGCUAAGACACCUGAAGUUAGAGCAUCUGAGGCUAAGACACCUGAAGUUGGAGCAUCUGAGGCUAAGACACCUGGAGUUGGAGCAUCUGAGGCUAAGACACCUGAAGUUAGAGCAUCUGAGGCUAAGACACCUGAAGUUACAGCAUCUGAGGCUAAGACACCUGGAGUUGAAGCAUCUGAGGCGAAGACACCUGAAGUUGCAGCACCUGUGGUAAAAACGUCUGAAGUUACAACACCUGAGGCUAAGAUACCUAAAGUUACAGCAUCUGAGGCUAAGACACCUGGAGUUGGAGCAUCUGAGGCUAAGACACCUAAAGUUAGAGCAUCUGAGGCUAAGACACCUGAAGUUACAGCAUCUGAGGCUAAGACACCUGGAGUUGGAGCAUCUGAGGCUAAGACACCUGAAGUUAGAGCAUCUGAGGCUAAGACACCUGAAGUUGGAGCAUCUGAGGCUAAGACACCUGGAGUUGGAGCAUCUGAGGCUAAGACACCUGAAGUUGGAGCACCUGUGGUAAAAACGUCUGAAGUUACAACACCUGGGGCUAAGAUACCUGAAGUUACAGCAUCUGAGGCUAAGACACCUGGAGUUGGAGCAUCUGAGGCUAAGACCCCUGAAGUUAGAGCAUCUGAGGCUAAGACACCUGAAGUUACAGCAUCUGAGGCUAAGACACCUGAAGUUGGAGCAUCUGAGGCUAAGACACCUGAAGUUACAGCAUCUGAGGCUAAGACACCUGAAGUUAGAGCAUCUGAGGCUAAGACACCUGGAGUUGGAGCAUCUGAGGCUAAGACACCUGGAGUUGGAGCAUCUGAGGCUAAGACACCUGAAGUUAGAGCAUCUGAGGCGAAGACACCUGGAGUUGGAGCAUCUGAGGCUAAGACACCUGAAGUUGGAGCAUCUGAGGCUAAGACACCUGAAGUUACAGCAUCUGAGGCUAAGACACCUGAAGUUACAGCAUCUGAGGCUAAGACACCUGGAGUUGGAGCAUCUGAGGCUAAGACACCUGAAGUUACAGCAUCUGAGGCUAAGACACCUGGAGUUGGAGCAUCUGAGGCUAAGACACCUGAAGUUGGAGCAUCUGAGGCUCCGAAACCUGACGUCACAGGGCCCGUAGUAGAAAAAGCAGCAGUUGAAACUAAAACAAAGGGACCUGUAAGUGAAACCCCUGAAGCUCAAACACCCGUACCAGAGAAGCCUGCAUUUAAGAAAGCAGUGGAAACACCACCUGAAGCGCCUGCACCUGUCUGUUCAGGAGCUGGGUCCAGCAGCACACCUCAGACCAACAUGGUUGCUAAGGAACUGUGUUCCUUCUGUAACAAACCAUUGGAAAACUGUUUGAAGAUUUCACUGAACAUCCCUCCCAUCAUCUGUCAUGAGGCCUGCCUUUGGUGUGCCAUGUGCAGUAAACCACUAGGUGACUUGAUGUCCUCCAUGUUCACCCUCUGUGGGAAGAUUUACUGUGAGAAAUGCUUUGAUGCUGCGCUCCACAGCAUAUAAACCAUCACCAUGGCAACAACACUACAGUUAUACACAGGAUCUGUCUGUUCAUUAUACAUCCUGUCUUUUUAUGCUUUUAAAAAAAAAAUCUAAG